AUGAAUGUUGCCAACAGUGUGAAUCUUUUCAUGGAGAUCAUUCUGGUUGUCUUCGGAAUUCCAGGUAACCUGAUGAUCAUCGUCGUCUCUUGUCUCUACGCCCGGAAGUCGACCACCGAUCUCCUCAUAGGCGUCCAGGCCGUGAUCGACCUCCUCGCGGCUAUCCCAGCCUUCUACUCCAUCGUCAUGCUAACAGGACCUGAUCACGUCAACGAUUCCUUCUGCAAGGUAAAGGCGUUUUCUCUUCGGUACGUUCGCUAUACCUCCCUGUUUCUCAUGGCUGCGAUUGCUCUUGAUCGUUUCCGAGUUGUAUGCCACGCACUCGAUCAGCGAUGGUCCUGGAAGACCCUUCACAUCAUUAUAUUGGUGACUUUGUGCAACCUCUUGGGGAUCGCAAUUAGCUUUCCCAACGCUCUAGUGACGGUUCCACACAAUUUAGUGAACGGAGUACGAUGCGUCCGAUCUGUCAACCAAUUUCCUUUCUUUGAUGAAAUCUACCCUAUCGUCACUACGGCGUUAUUCUUCGCCGCAUUGUUUGUUACUGGUGCUCUGUACCUGAAGGUAGUUCGUGUCAUACGUAAGCAGAAUCGUAUCAGAGCGACCAUGACGGCACCCCCUUCAUCUCGUAUUGCGAACACCACUGCUGCCGAUGAGUAUUCAGACAACAGCACCUUAACCCACAAUGGGGUCCAGGAAAUCAGCACAGUAUCUGGUAGAAAAUCUGUGCAGGAAGGGUCGGAAGUGCUUCGGACAGCCGAGGUGCCGGAAAGACGACCACUGAGGUUGGUCUUGAGAAAUCCCUGGACGGCCAACCAAGAUGAACAACCAAGCGACCUGCAGUCGGCUAACCAACCUCCCGCGGGAGACCAAUCCACAAGCGAAGGGCGGCAACAUAACGGUCUCCUACAGCCUGGCACGAAGAGAGCAUCUUCACCAAGACAUACUAAACAGAGGAAGAAAACGACGCCCUCACUAUCAGGUGGAGGUAAAGAACGCCAGACGACAGCCAUGCUCCUCGUCAUCACCAUCAUCUUCUUUGUAUCUUGGAUACCAGGAGUCAUCACCACUCACAUACCAAGUCCGGCGCUCAGGGUCUUCCGGAAGAGCGUUGUCAACAAUCUCCUUGUGAUCGUAGGAUAUGCUCUCCGCAACAUCAACCAUAUCGUCAACGUGUUCAUCUACACUCUCAUGAGCAGACGGUUCAAGCAUCAGAGUACACAGGUUAUUAGGAGGCUCCUCCGUAGACGGUAA